CCUACUUUCAUUUUGACAUUGAGAUGUCGAACCCGAUGGAACAACGUGUAUAAAAUGCAGAACUGUGUUCAAUGGCCAGGAUUUAUUUCAAUAUACCACAAUGUCUUCACAAUGUCAGACAUAUAGGAUGGCAAUCAGCAUUACAAAGAUGGACUACACGACAAAUAGCCAUAGUGACUGUUUGCUCCUUCAUUAUUCUUGUGAUUAUCUUCGUUAUAUUGGAAACAGUAUUUCUAAGUCAGCCAGUUAUCAACAAAUCACAUGAGAAGCAUGUGUUUGAUAAGAAUAAAGGACUGGGCCCCGCGGUGCAUUAUGGGAUUGUUAUAGACUGUGGUAGCAGUGGUAGUCAGGUGUUCCUCUAUUUCUGGCCACCACACUCGGGAAACACUCAAGAUCUCCUCAACAUUCAACAGUUCAUGGAUAAAGAUGGAAAGCCAGUAAUUAAAAAAAUUAAACCAGGUUUAGAUACAUUUAAAGAUAACCCAGAGGCAGCCAGUGACUAUAUAAAGCCAUUACUACAAUAUGUAGCUGGAUACAUACCAAAGGACCAACAGAAAGAGACGCUAUUGUUUAUCUUAGCAACAGCAGGAAUGCGCAUGAUCUCAGAAACAUCACAGAAAGCCAUUUUUCAGAAUCUAUACAAAGAAAUCCCAAAGCUGUAUCCUUUUGUGAUAUCAGAGAGUAACUUAGAGGUGAUCAGUGGUAAACAGGAGGGGGUGUACGCCUGGAUAGCUGUCAAUUACGUACUACACAAAUUUGAUCACGGGGUGGAAGAACAUCCGCUGGUGGCUGUUGAAGUUCCAGGCAACACAAACAAAGAAAAGAAAACUCACGUUCGACGGAGAACUGUGGGCAUGUUGGAUAUGGGAGGGGGGUCCAUGCAGAUAGCAUUUGAAAUCACCUCAAAGUAUAGUAACAUUCCAAAGCACAGAGUGGCCGAGUUUAACCUCGGAUGUCAAAAUAAUGACAUAGACCACACCUACAGAGUUUACGUGACGACAUUUCUGGGGUUCGGGGCAAACGAAGCCAGAGAGAGGUACGAAGAGCAGGUGCUUCUAUCCAAGGCUCACCAAAAGGACUUGGCCACAACAAAUACAAGCAGUAUACCUAUCAUACAGAGAACUCAUCCUAACAUCUCUGACCCCUGUCUUCCCGUGGGUCUCACACAGGAAGUGAAGGAUGCCGAGGGACACACCCACUUCCUGCAUGGACUGGGAGACUAUGAAGCUUGUCGGACAUCCCUUGUGGGACUGAUCAAUUGGAAUUCCUCGGUUAUUUGUGAACAAGCUCCGUGUUCAAUGAACGGAGUUCACCAGCCAAUCAUCUCUUUUCAUAACAGUGAAUUUUAUGCUUUUUCGGAGUUUUGGUACACAAUGGAUGAUGUUUACAGGAUAGGGGGGAAAUACAACAAUGAAAAAUUUGAUUACGAGGCAAAGAAAUUUUGCAGCACAAGGUGGUCCACUCUUCAGUCUUGGUACGAUGAUAAACUUUUCCCAAGGGCAGAUGAGAGCAGAUUUAGAUUUCAGUGUUUUAAGUCGGCCUGGAUGUCGACAGUUUUACAUAAAGGAUUAAAAUUUCCACACAGUUAUAAGAUGUUGAGGUCAGUUCACCUGAUAAAUAAACGUGAGGUACAGUGGACACUAGGAGCUCUUCUGCACCGCACUAGAUACCUCCCCCUCAGGGAGAUAAAUAAUUUUGAAAAUCGACACAGUCCACCACCGUGGAUCAAGAAAACAAGAUUUGUAGACAACGAAUAUGUAAUAGUUGUGUGUUUUGUGAUAGUUUUUGUGGCCAUUGUGUUAUAUUUAAAACAUUUAAAGAUCUGCCAGAGUAAGAAGCUGGAAAAGUUACAUCACGUGCCCUCCAUGUCGUACUUCAUGGUGGAGGAGGACCAGAUAGAACAAGGACUUAAUUACGUCAUGGUCAGCAAGGCAGACUUAGAACAGUGAUUGGUACCAUUGUUACACUGCUCUUCUAUUAUAAAUUAAAUUUUAUAGUAUAUGUCCUGAGACUGUUCUGCACAUAUAUUUAUUAUUUUAUAUGAAUAAAUAGAAUAAUAUACAUUAAUUUUA